AUGAACCUGAUCCAACAGUUUUUCAUAGCAUCUCAGCAGAAAGAUGCUGAAUUUGCUACACUGCAGAGCAAAAUCCCUAAGAGCGAAGUUGAGCAUCUGAAUAGACUUUCUAUAGAAUAUAUCAAGAAGUCUCAGAAAGUAUUGGCGUUCACACUCAUGUGAUUCAUUAGUCUAUCAACCCUAAAUAAAGGCAUGAGUUAUAAGCAAAUAGUUAUGGCUUGAGGGUCAUCCUUAUUAAUCCUUGGUUUCUUUCUGAUAUAAGCCAUUUUAUUCAAAAGUUUCCUAAGUAUCUCCAAAUAUUGAUAUUGAGUUAUAAUGCGCUUGGAUACAUAGGGCCUCAUUUAAGCUUUUGGUGAGAGUACAAAGGACAUGCCAACACAUUCAUCCCAGCGAUAUAUCUACAUCAUUUUUAUCUUGCUACUUUGACACCAUCAAAGAGACACUUAACAAGUCUAAUCUUUGCAUUAACUGUUGCCUUACAAAUAGUCCUUGCAAUUUACAGGUUUGGAGAGAUCGAUAGCGAUAUCAUUGCCUCAGGGCUUAUGUGCAUCCUGAUCUCCGAUCUCAGUCUCAGAAUGAAUCAAACAAGGCUAUCUCAGAUGUACCGGAUGAUUCUGGAGAAUAGGAAACUAGUUAAAGAGAAACAAAAGGUUGUACAAGAAUUUCCUCAUCCAGUUUUAAUACUUCCUCAAAAGAUGUCAAAACUUUCGAAAUGAUAUCCUAAUGACCAAUUUGAACAAAGAAUCAAGACCCUUAAUCAUAAGAUACAGGCCCUGGAUAAAGUACAAGUUGAACUUUUGCAAAAAGAUGAGAAAGAGAAGAUUGAUCAUAAACUCUCUCUGCUUGAAUAUUUAAGUCAGAUCAAGAAGCAUCAAGAUUAUGACCAAGAAACCAAGGGGAGUACAGUUAUUCACUGCAAGAAUAUGAACAACAAGGAAAACAUCAAAGAGAAUGCCAAAAAUAUAACCAAAAGAAACUUUCACAUUAAAUCCCUUCACAUUGAGUGGAAAGAAGUCCCUUCAGUGAUGCAUGUCUUUAUUGACACGACAGAUAUUAUCAAACUGGAGCAGGCGAAGAGCAAAAUUAGGGUGCAGAAGAUCAUGUUUGCAAGCAUCAGUCAUGAGUUCAUGACUCCCUUGAAUGCGAUCAUUCAUUCAUACAAAUUUAUUGAGACAGGGUUUAAAGACAUACUUCAGAUGUUACAACAAAAAGUCCCUCAAGAUCUAAUCAACAGUAAGAGUUUCCAAGACCAGGUAGAGUUCAUCUUGAAGUUUAUCAAAACCGGAUCAACUUCAUCAGUCCUUCUGUUGUCUCUCGUAGAAGAUAUUCUGAGUUUAUCUAAGAUAGAUAUUGGCACAUUAUCUGCUAGUUUUAAUCUCUUCUAUGUCCCUGAACUCCUUCAAGAUGUACAUUCUUUAUUCUCUGUCCAAUGACAGAAUAAAAGAAUCGACUUGGCGAUUGAUUGUGAAGAUGAUCUGCAGAUCUGCAAAAUUAGUAGUGACUGCAAUAGGAUCAAGCAAAUCCUUGUGAACCUUGUAUCGAACUCGGUGAAGUUUACCUUCAGAGGCUCUAUCACUAUGAAAGCUGCUCUCAAGAAGACUCUGGAAGGCGAUGACAUUGUUGAGUUCAGAGUCUGUGAUACUGGCACUGGCAUUAAAGAAGAAGACCAAGAGCACCUUUUCCAAAUGUUUGAGAUCAUUGGACAGGAUGAGGACCUGAGUCCUGAUGGGUGUGGGCUAGGACUUACCAUCAGUAAGAAGUAUGUGGAGCUGCUUGGAGGAGAAAUAUGCAUUGAAUCAGUGUAUGGUAAAGGAACAAUAGCGAUAUUUACUAUAAUGAUUCACGAAAUUACUAAAUGUCCAUCUAAAAGACCUCGCUUUUUAUCAGAACUUAAAGAUUCCCCAGAAAACUCGUUUGGAAGUAUGUCAGGACUAGAUUUCAAAGUCAACGAAGAAUAUGACUCGAAAAUAUGAACUACUCAUAGACUCCCUGCCAGCAAUAUUCAUCUUUCAAAGUUUUCAUAUAACUAA